AAAAUAUUUUUAAUUUCAGGAUCUCAUUUCUGUGUUUUUCUUUUUCUUUUUUUCUUCUUCUUCCACGCUCUUCUGUCCCUCCCUAUUCUUCCAGCUUUGUCGACCAUCAUCAACGCCGCCUCCCAGCUUCAUCUCUGCAUCAAAAAGUUAGGGUUUUGUGAUAGCUUGGGCGUUUUACAUGGAUUCAUCACAGGCAGCAGGAACUGGUGCAAAUAGCGGCAAUGGAAUGAUGGUUCCCCUAGCCAAUGAUACUUCCAUUGCAGCAGCAGCAACAGCAGCAGUAACAACAACAGCAGGAGAGGAAGCGAAGCAGAACCUGAAUGCGGUGAUUAACUCUACCCAGAAAACUCUGGGCCUUCUUCACCAGCUCAAUCUCACGGUCACUUCCUUCAAUGCCGCGUCUCAGCUUCCACUUCUCCAUCGCAUGAAUUCUAUUGUUUCUGAGCUUGACAACAUGGCUAAGCUAGCAGAGAAAUGUAAUAUUCAAGUUCCAAUGGAAGUUCUUAAUCUGAUCGACGAUGGUAAAAAUCCUGAUGAAUUUACAAAGGAUGUAAUAAACAGUUGCAUCGCCAAAAACCAGGGCACCAAAGGAAAAACUGAUGCCUUCAAGGGUCUACGGAAGCAUCUUCUCGAGGAAAUUGAAACGAUAUUUCCCGAAGAUGUUGAGUCUUACAGGGAGAUACGAGCUGCGUCUGCUGCUCCCAUUUAACCAUUGAAAUGCAGGAAAUGAAACGGCAGGCACAAGCACAAGCACAAGCUCAGGCCCAAGCUCAAGCUCAAAGCAUGAUACCAAAUGGAGAUGUAAAGGUUAAAAAUGAGCUUUGAUGGAUUAAAAAUGAUGUACAUUUUUGUUGCAUGCUAUUUCUCCAUUCACAAUCUUAACAACACAACACCUAGAUCUAGGCUUGUUAGGGUGGUUGUUGUUUCAUAUAAUCUCAUAUAAAUAUAUCAUUUUUAAACACACUUCCCUAAUUUUAGUUAAUAAUAUAGUGUUUUUCUGCAUUGUUCUUCCGUGUUUUUAACAUCUGAAGUUCAAACAAUUUUUUUUACACGUGUAUAACAGACUAUUUGAACACGUUAAAUUAUUUUGAUUUUUUCAAAAAUUUAUCGGACGUGUUAGAUAACUACAACGAACACACUCAAUUUUAGGGGGUUGUACCAUAAAUUUUUUCAAUAAAUGUCAUCUUAUUAAAUUUUGUCA